CAUUCGAAAUCUGGUUGGAGAUUUCUUGUCUCAUGAAGAUGGUGGAGAAUGUUUAGAGAUGAAGUUUGUUUCUUUGGAAUCACCUUUGGUGGCCAUGGCUUGCAUUUGGUAGGCCUCAACUUAAGGCUGUAUCCUCAGGCAUGAAGAAGACGGUUCCUCUUCCAUUCGUUAAGGGCGUCACUAAAUGCUUCUUGCUUUUAGCUUAACAUUGGGUCUGCAAGCAUAGUUCUGUAGUUAGUUUUGCUCAUAUCCAAGGUAUUUUCUGUUUGCGUUAGACUUAUUAAAGCUGAAUUUAGAAGAUGGUACUUUCUGGACCACCCACUCCGGCCAAUGGGUCCCAGUCCAUUUCGCCUUCACUUCUGCGAUCAAAUUCAGAAUUAUUAGGAGGAGAAGCUGCUGCAUUGCCUUCCCAAUCAACAUUCUCUUCUCUUGUUUCACCGCGCACGCAGCUUAGUAAUGUGAAUAUGCUUAAUGCAUCUUCCCUGCUCAACCCGUCAUUUGCAAAUGGUGGUUCAAACCCCGUGAUUCCUUCUUCUGGAAGUGGCCAGAGAGUGGGUAUUGAUAUGAAGGCUGAGUUGGAUCAGUUAACGAAUGUUGGUAGUGGGAUGAACUUUGGAUUGUCCAACAUGACCAAUACUGGCACUUCUAGUCAAUAUCAGGGACAAUUUUCUAAUCCUUCUGGCAAUCAGUUGAUGCCGGAUCAAGCCCAGUCUCAACAACUUGAACAGCAAAAUCUCCAGCAAUGUCAGCAACCAAUGCAACAGUUUUCUUCUCCUCAACAUGCCCAGCAACAUCAGCAACUACCACAAUACCGGGCAGUCCGUGGAGGGUUAGGUGGUGUAGGACCUGUCAAGUUGGAACCACAAACAGGCGGGGAGCAACACGGACAGCAACUGCAGCAGCCCCAUUUACAGUCACUAAGGAAUCUGGCUUCUGUGAAACUGGAGCCACAACAGCUUCAGAGUAUGAAGAACUUGGCCUCCGUGAAAAUGGAACCUCAUCACUCAGACCAGUCACUUUUCCUGCAUCAGCAACAACAGCAACAGCAGAAUCAGCAGCAGCAUCAACACCAGCAGCAGCACCAGCAGCAAGCACAACAGCAAUUGUUGCAUAUGUCCAGGCAGAAUUCACCAGUUGCCGCUGCACAGAUUAGUUUUCUGCACCAACAAAGAUUGUUGCAGAUCCAGCAGCAGCAGCAGCAACAGCAACAGCAACAGCAACUAUUGAAGGCAAUGCCUCAGCAAAGAGCUCAGGUAGCACAGCAGUUUCAGCAGAGUAUCCCUAUGAGGUCCCCUGUAAAAUCAGUUUAUGAACCUGGAACAUGUGCAAAACGUCUGACAGACUACAUGUAUCGGCAACAACGAAGACCUGAGGACAACAAUAUCGAUUUCUGGAGAAAAUUUGUUGCUGAGUAUUUUGCUCCCAACGCGAAGAAAAAAUGGUGUGUUUCUAUGUAUGGGAAUGGCCGGCAGACAACUGGAGUUUUUCCUCAGGAUACAUGGCACUGUGAUAUAUGCAAUCGCAAGCCUGGUCGUGGGUUUGAGGCAACUUUUGAGGUCCUUCCCAGGCUUUUCAAAAUAAAAUAUGAAAGCGGUACUUUGGAAGAACUUCUUUAUGUCGAUAUGCCGUGUGAAUUUCCGAUUGCAUCAGGCCAAAUUGUAUUGGACUAUGCAAAAGCUAUUCAAGAAAGUGUCUUUGAGCAGCUUCGUGUUGUCCGUGAAGGUCAACUUCGAGUUGUUUUCUCUUCAGACCUGAAGAUAUGUUCAUGGGAAUUUUGUGCUCGUCGUCACGAAGAGCUUAUUCCUCGAAGACUAUUGAUUCCUCAGGUUAGCCAGCUGGGAGCAGCAGCUCAAAAGUACCAGGCAGCCACUCAAAACGUGUCAUCUGGUUUAUCUGUCCCAGAGCUGCAAAAUAAUUGUAACAUGUUUCUGUCAUCGGCUCGGCAAUUGGCAAAAGCUCUUGAAGUUCCUUUAGUGAAUGACUUAGGAUAUACAAAGAGAUAUGUGAGGUGUCUUCAGAUAUCAGAAGUGGUCAAUUGCAUGAAAGAUCUAAUUGAUUACAGCCGACAAACGCGGACUGGGCCUAUGGAAAGCUUGGCCAAAUACCCUCGGAGGAACAGUGCUUCAACCGGGGUUCGUAGUCAAGCUGAACAUUCGCAGCAGCAGCCACACCAACAGCAACAACCAGUGUCUCAGAAUGCAAACAAUGAUCAGAACAAUGUUCAAGGUCCUCCGGUGCAACUGGGUGCUACUGACAGUUCUAGAGCUGUAAAUAACACAGCCUCUACUUCUGCAACUGGCAAUGCCAUACCUGGCCUUCUCCAUCAAAAUUCUAUAAACUCGAGACAGCAAAGUUCGAUAAGCAAUUCAGGCAGUCCAUAUGGAAGUAGUGGUGUUCAGAUCCCAUCCCCUGGUUCCUCCACAACAUUGCCAUCUGCUCAACUCAACAAUCCUUCGGCUUUUCAAUCACCUACACAUUCCUCUGGUAAUAAUCCCCCACACAGUAAUGGCGGUUUGUCAGCUCCGAAUCAGAUUAGUACUGCCAACUCAUCUGCAAAAGUGUCUCAUCAUAAUGGUGAGGUCGAACCAAAUGAUUCCCAGAGUUCUGUGCAGAAAAUUCUGCAAGAAGUGAUGUCAACCCAAAUCAACAGUGCGGGUGGUAUUGUUGGUGUUGGUUCAUUAGGAAAUGAUGUUAAACAUGUGAAUGGGAGUUUACCAACCAGCUCUAAUACAGGCCUUAGUAGUAGUUCUUCCAACACCUUGCUGGGGAAUGGAAUGGCCCACAGCUCUAGUAUGGGAGGUGCUUUGUACGGCAACAUGGCUGCAGGAAUGGGCUCAUCUGCCAUGGCCAAUGGAGUGAGAGCUGUGAUAGGAAACAAUUCCUUCAUGAAUGGAAGAGGAGUAGCCCCUAUGAUUCGAGAUCAGAGUAUGAAUGGUAACCAACAGGAUUUGAGUAACCAGAUGCUUGGUGGGCUCAGGGCUGGGAAUGGCUUCACUAAUCUUCCGUAUGAUUGGAAACAAUCCCCCUGAAGGCUUUUUCAUAAUCAUGUCGGACUUUUCAGGUUGUGGCUGUAGCUGCUUGUGCAGAAAGUGAAGAUGAGAACGGCUGAAAUUACUGCAGGCCCUCAGGACAUGGUAAUACAAGGUCGAAGUACUUCCAAAUUUUCACUUGCUGAUUAUACCAAUUUCGGGAGGAAGGACAGGUAAUGACAUAUUAUCCAUUGUUAGAGCACUAUCACAUUGAGUGAGCUGGUUCAGUAUCACUCCAAAUUCUGGUAUGUCAUUCUAUAGAGUUGAUGAUUGGCAACUAACCGCCCAGCAAAGGGCGGAGCAGGAAUGGAGAUCUUUGGUGGAACUCCUUGUAUUACCUACUCUAAACACUUCAUUCGUCGGAGUGGUUUCUCUCUGAGUGUACAUAUCCGUGGCUUCCUUGAAGCAUCCUGGAAAUGACCUCAAAUGUUCAAUUUUGACAUCGUCUGAUCCGUUCUUUUUUUCCUCCGUAAUAUAACAUACCUUGUCUGAAAGCUCAAUUUACCUGAGUACUGACUUCCCCAUUUCUCCAUGGCCUCU